AUGCCUUUCCAAGAGUUUCCCCUAACCAGCGUGGACGUCACGUCCACGUUUUGGUCUCAUGUCCAGGAUUGCUCCAGGCUCAAAACCAUCCCCGCCAUCGUUGAAGCCCAAAAGACAUGGGACCAUUGGACCUGUCUGACCUGGAAUGAGGGCCACGACGUGAAGCCUCAUCAAUUCUGGGACAGCGACAUUUACAAAAUUAUCGAGGCUGCUUGUUAUUUCCUCAUCAAGCAUCCCGACGACAGUAUGAGAGCCGUGGUGGAGGACGCCGUGGAAAUGAUACGCGCCGCCCAGCAUGAGGAUGGCUACAUCAAUUCCUACUACACCGUGAGAGGCAUGAAAGACCGCUGGACCAACCUGAGAGACAACCACGAGCUGUACUGCCUCGGUCACCUGCUCGAAGCGACAGUUGCUUAUGAGUCGCUCACAAGAAAUGGACGACUGCUUGAAGUGGCCAUGAAGGUCUGCAAGCACCUGGAUUCUAUCUUUGGCACCGAGCCCGGAAAGAAACGCGGCUACCCAGGACACCAAGAGAUUGAGAUUGGCUUGCUUAGGCUAUACGAACUCACUCAGGACCCUCUUCCUCUCAAGCUUGCCACGUACUUCAUCACCGAACGAGGUCGACGAGAUGAGAAGGAUGAGACCUACUUCGACAAGGAAGCCUUUGCACGAGGCGCAGAUCCUUAUGGCCACAUGGGAACCGAGCACAAAGCUUGGUUCAGGGAUCCACGAGAUUAUGCCUACCAACAGGCAGACGAGCCACUUGUUGAUGCUACCCAAGUCAAGGGGCACUCUGUACGCGCCAUGUACUUUUACACCGCCGCUACGGAUCUAGUGCGCCUUUCGACAGAUGCAGAUAAUGCUCGAAAGCUGAAGGCCGCUCUUGGCCGUCUAUGGAGAGACAUGGUCGAUAAGAGGAUGUACGUCACCGGCUCACUUGGGUCAGUCCGCCAGUGGGAAGGGUUUGGACCUGCCUAUAUCCUGCCUGACCUGGAGCAUGAAGGAUGUUAUGCCGAGACUUGCGCCACCUUUGCACUCAUCAACUGGUGUGCCCGCAUGCUGCGUCUUGACCUUGAUUCUGAAUACGCCGAUGUAAUGGAGGUUGCGCUCUACAACGGCUUUCUCGGCGCUGUCAAUCAGGACGGAGAUGCCUUCUACUACGAAAACGUGUUGCGUACCCGGAAGGGAGAGUUCAAGGAGAGGAGCAAGUGGUUUGGUGUGGCUUGCUGUCCUCCCAACGUCGCGAAACUGCUAGGCAACCUCGGCUCGCUGAUAUAUUCUCAAGACGCCUCUACCAACUUGGUGGCGAUUCAUCAGUACAUCGACAGCGAACUGAAGAUCCCGGACAGCGGCGUCGUCAUUAAACAAAAGACCGACAUGCCUUGGGAUGGUCAAGUCGUUCUAUCCAUCCAAGGGUCAGCCAACCUUGCCCUUCGAAUCCCCAUCUGGGCAAAGGACUGGACAUGCUCUGUAAAAGGCGAGUUGAAGAAAGGCUACUUCUAUGUCUCGGCCGAGAACACCGACAUUCGCCUCAGCUUCCCGGUGGCCUUCCGCAAGACAUUUGCUCAUCCCAACACCAACAAGGACGACAUUUGUCUCAUGCGAGGGCCGCUUGUGUAUUGCCUUGAGGAUGUUGAUAACGACGGUACCGAUAUUGACUAUGUUGGACUUGUGGAUGGCCCCGUCAGCGAUGGCAAGACUGUGCAGCUGUCUGGCCUUGACCAGGUUGUAACAGGGCAUGUUCAGGGAAAGCAGCUGAUUGAGGUGCAGCCGAAGGGACUGUACAGUGGCCGACCUUGGGUAUAUGAGAAGACUCCUCGGGACUUGGUAGCGAUUCCCUUCUUUCUCCGGGCAAAUCGUGGUGGAAACGGAGCGAUGAGGGUAUGGGCUCCUCGUCUUGAGUCUUCAUCUAGAAACAUCACGGGAUCACAUCUGUAA